AUGUCGGAGGCGUACGAGAAGGUUAAAGGCGGAAGAUUGAUCUUCAAGGGCGGCGCACUCGCCACCCGCGACAAGCCCAUCGACAAGAAGAAAAAGAAGAAGAAGAACAAAAUCGAAUCAAACGACGUCGUGGAGGAUGCAUCCACUACCGUAAACGGUGAUUCAACUUCGGAUAUUUACACGAUCGACGCUGCAAAGAAGAUGAAGUACGAUCAAUUAUUCCCAGUUGAGGCUAAAAAAUUCGGGUACGACCCGAAUGCCAAGGUCAAAUCCGUUGAAGAAGCGCUAGAGGACCGGGUCAAGAAGAAGGCCGACCGUUACUGUAAAUGA